UGCCUCAAGAGCUCAUCGACUGUGUUAACAGACUAACGCCUUUAGCAAACUCCACUGGUCAAACGGCCUCAGUAUCCGCUGUUGACACCAAACAACGGGAAAAUGCUGGACUACAGGGUAGAGUAGAUAUUGCGAUUGACUACGCUGGCACCGAAGUGCCCAGACUGGAGACGCUAGAGGAUGUGCACAUGUUUUGUAUCCAGCAGUUCAUGUGGAAACCUGACAGGGUGCGCUGGGAGGACUACAACAUCACAAAGACGGACAUGGCAUUCCUAAAUGGCCUUCUUGAAUCCAUGAUGAAACCAACAAGGACUAAGCACUCAAGAAGCAAGCGACAGGUCGGUGGUCCAGGUGGUAUAUUCCCACCGACAGGAUUCCGAAUCAGACGGGAAUAUAGACGGAUAUCCGACCGGAGAAGGAAUGCAUUUCACGAAGCAGUGCGCAUGUUGAAAAUGAAUGGACAGUAUGACACGUUCGCCAAUCUGCAUCGAGGAAUUGUUACCGAUUCUGCACACGGUGGUGCCAACUUUCUUGGAUGGCAUAGAGUCUAUCUAGCCCUUUUCGAGGAAGCAAUACGAAGAAUUGACAGACGAAUUUCAUUGCCGUACUGGGACUCCACGCUUGACUUCGAAAUGGUCAAUCCGGCAAACUCAAUCGUAUUUUCACCUGCCUUCCUUGGAAACGGUGACGGAGUGGUUACCACGGGACCAUUCGCCAACUGGGCAGCACCGAAUGGUCCCCUGACCAGAAAUAUAGGUGGCGAAAGUUCGCUGUUCACCAAAGCAAUUAUCCGAAGGAUCAUGACGCGUUGUCGGACUCGCGAAAUCAUGCCACCAACUGCGCUACCUCCAUUUGACCUUGAAGGAUUCCACGGUGGUCCUCACCUUUGGGUUGGUGGACAGAUGAGAGAUGCUGAAACAGCCGCUCACGAUCCCGUAUUUUUUCUCCACCACGCAUUUGUAGACUUCAUUUGGGAAAUGUUCCGCAUCCACCAGGCCCGUGACUGUCGAGUAAACCCAAACGUUGACUAUCCCCAAGACACACCUGUUCUACAUGCCGCAAUGAGACCAAUGGAUGGACUUCCAGGAUACGUGAACUUUGAUGGUUAUCGAAGCUACUGGACGCAAAUGUGGUUUCGAUACGAACGUUCUCCGUCGUGUCCGGUUUGCCGCUCUCCAUAUUUAAGAUGCAACCCGGCCCGCGGAGUGUGCGUUUCUGUUGAACGUAUGCUUGCUCCCGAUGAAGGAGCUCCAGGUGCUAUGGGUGCAAUGGGUUUCUCUGCUUUUGGAAGGGCAUCAUCCCCAAGCGCAGCUCGAGCAAGAGCUCAGGUCGCAAUGCUUCCCGUCGGUAGAAUAUUCCGCGGGCCUCCCUCUGAGCCAAGGACGCAGGCGGCACAGGCAAGCAUGGCCGGCGUGGCAGCUUUAAGACGCAAGAGAAGGGCCUUACCACAGAAAGAUAUGGUGUCUGUUCCAUUUGUUGGUGAAAAUUCAAAUCAGCAAACUAUCUCACAACCACUUGGAAUUGGAGAAAAGUUCAUUGGCCCAGAAUCUGAUGGCCGAACAUCAGACGUUUUGGGCAAGAACAUUGCUAGCGUUGUAUUUGCAAGGCAAAACGUCGAAAACGCCACUCAAGAUGUUUACUCAGGAAAUGCAUUUCCAGUUGCGGAACCGAUGCCAUUGCUCACCGUGCCUGGUUCGGACUCACUUGAUUCAUAUAUGGAAUACCCUAGCUUGUACACUAUCAACUCAUCGGCCUCUGACGGUCUCUUUGUUCCUGUUCAGGUGACAUACAGCGUUGUUGGAAUCGACAUGUCUGCCCAGACUCCCAGCACGAAAUGUCUUCCAUCAGAUGCAGUAUCGGCUCAUAUUAAAGUGUCCGCACAAGGCCUUAAUUAUCUGGGAGAAUACACUGACUACGCAGUAGUAGACACCAGAGAUUCUCUUCCUUCCGCUCAUGUCAUCAUCGCCAUGCGGGCUCCAGAGAUUGGGCCGUCAAUUUCAAUGAUAACAGCAAGUCAUGGAUGCGGGCAAAUGUGCAAACCAAUGUGCAUCGCAACCGAAACUGACACAUUGCAGUACAAACCAUGCUCAGGAAUACUGUGGAUCUACCCUAAAGACGCAACUGCAUACGCUCGAUCAUACGACAAGGCUGCGGAAAUCAUUGCAAAAGGCGGGACUAAAUUCCCGAUCUUGUUCCAAUGUCACAUGGAAAGUCAGCCCAAGCAGGGACUCUAAUCCACCUCAAUGGUGUGCCUUGUCGAUUCUGAGUUCAGCAUUAACAAUAAAAAAUACAUCAUUUACUCUCUAGUUUUCAACCUGAUGUACAAUAAUAACAAUACCAUAUAUAAAUUUGAAUGGUAUUGCUUCCUAAGCGGUUAUGAAAAGACGUUGUCUGAGCAAAUUCCUCUGGUCCUGGAAACGCAUGAUUUUUAGAAUGGCGGUAUAAAACAAUAAUGUCAUGACCCCAUGUUGACAUUUUUAUUAAAUAGGUCACGAGAACAUGUUUGAUUUUAUGACCAUGUUUUACAUUUUAAACUCUAUGUCAAGUGUUAUUUCUUAUUGCAUUCAAAACUAAACAUCUUAUUAUCAACAUCUACUAUGCUUAAUUUACCGUUUGUAUGGUUCAUAUCCGUGUAAAAUCCAUUUUUGUUGGUCACUACAAUCACAUGUUUGUAUAGACGCCAUAUUUAAAGGAAGUGACUUUUGACCUUUUGUUGAAUUAUGGGUAGUGUACAUUGACGACCUCUGUCAAACUUUGUCAGCAGACAGUUAAAUCUCGUAUUUUCGUACUAGAUUUAUACAUCAUGCGAAGGUUUGAUUUUUAUCAAAUAAUUACAGUCAUGUGUAUUUAUAUGUUCUAAACCUUAUUAUAAUACUUAAAGAAACAUUUCCAGUCAUUUUAAUAAAGUUUUUACUGUUUAAACUUAAGGCGGUAACUCUGUUUAUUUUGAGGUGAUCGGUUACGCUCGGAAGACGCGCGGAUGGUGCGCGGUUGAGUUAUUGCUCGGAUUAAUGUUAUGACCGCGCAAGGCUCGGACCUGCUCGGAGCCCUAGUAUAUAAACCCUGGUAAUUUCACAGUCAGCGACUCUGAUUUUUUGGAAUUAAAGGCACAUUCUUAUUACUUAAUUUUUCUCUAAUAAAUAUUAUUUUUAGGCAUUUUCAUUAAAAGUAAGUUAGAAACAUUAUUCAUAUUUUUGCAUAUAAUAGAGUUUUUGCAUAAGAUUUAAGACUAAGGUAUAGGGAUAUUUAAUCCUACAGUUUUAAGAUUGAUUGAGCAUUGUAAAUGUGAGUUUGAGAAUUGUAUUAUUUAUGAUAAAUUGUUGAAUGCAUUGAUGUACUAUUGAUGCAAGUUAGUUAAGAAUAAAAAUUUGUUGAAUUUUA